CAUCCAGAAUGGGGAGUCAUUAAAGAUCAAGACUUUCAUCCUCUGACGCUAAAGCAUCAACGCGAUUUAGAAAAUCUGUACAACAGCGGCAAUGUCAUCCCUGACUUUUACUUCUGGCAAGCGAACUUGGGAGGUUAUUGCAUGGCUGACAUGCUACAAGGGAUUGUGGUAUCCUCAGAAGGAGCUUUUGUACUAGAAAGAAAGAUUGUUGAAGGAGCACCUCAUCCCGGUAGAAGAAAGAAAAAA